AUGACUUUCCUAAAGCUGUCACUUACUCUCCUUGUCCUUUGCUCUGCGGGAUUUGGUGAGGUGCUAGAAGACUUCUCGCAAGUCUCAAAAUGUCAGAGUUUCUUCUAUGAGGGACAGGCACCAUUGGGACUCGCUUCCAAUAGCACUGCCAAUAUCUGUCAGCGCCUGCAAGGGGAGUAUCACUAUGCCACCCUGUAUCAUCGCUUAGCUCGUGUGCCCAUUUACUCCGCAUAUAUUUUGGAAAUAUCCACCACAUCACGCCCUGAUAUCUCCUCAGCCAACUGGUACUUGGAACCCAUGUUGGCUGGAAUCCCUCAGAAAGAAAUGGCGAAACCAUCAUAUCCUGAAAUGCAGGAAAACAUAGAAUAUGCAACAGAAAGUCAAGCCGUGAAUGAUGAUUACAGAAAUUCUGGUCUUAGCCGUGGACAUGUCAACCCAAGCCAACAUCAUAGCAGUACAUCCCAGCUCUCCACAUUCACAUAUACCAAUAUGGCGCCCCAAGAUUCCACAUUUAAUAGCGGAACUUGGAAUCAAUAUGAAAACUUUCUGAAGGACAGUAUUCUACCCUCCUGUGUUCAGACACAUGUGAUCACAGGGAUUAUUCUCUCUGGGUUCACUCCUGGGGAGGGAAAGUGGUUGCGAAACCGAGUUAAUGUACCUGACUUUUACUGGAGCGCAUUUUGUUGUGUGAAAGCAAAUGGUACAAAGAGGGCAGAAGGCAGGCUUGGCCGGAAUUCAAGUCCUUACGAUGUAGUCACACAAACGGUCCCAGAACUGGAAGCAAUCCUCAGCAACCGAUAUGGGAGGAAUGUGUCAUUAUUUUAUAAGGGAUGCCAGUGA